CUUUGUUCUUCUUUCUCUGAGAAUUCUGCAAAUGUCGCGAUUGAAUUCCAACCGUCGGAUCCAAAUCGAUACUUCGGAGCCUCGAUACGAUGAAGGCGACGACGAAACCGUAGACGACAGCAGCAAUGCGGCGGAGGAUCUGGAUCCCUUUAUGGGAGUCAAAGUCAGACGGAAAGCCUCUCGCCUUCGUGAUUUUCAGGGUGAUUAUAUCGAUAUUCAGUCCAGACCUCAUCUUAUGAAGAUUCUCGAGAAACAAGGUGACAGAAAAGUCCUGUUUGCUGACAAAGUUAUAAAGUUUACUGGUUCGGGCAAGAUGAAACGCCGUAUACUUCUCGUAACUGAUUUUGCCAUCUACAUUGCGGAUCCAGAGACUGAUGCACUAAAAAGAAGGAUAGCCCUUGCUGCUGUUGAGAAACUGUGUUUAAGUGAACUGAGCGACAAUUUUUUUGCCAUCAUUAUUCCCACUGAAUAUGACCUACUCAUGGCUAGUACUAGAAAGACGGAAAUUGUGACGGUCUUAGUGGAUGCUACAAAGAGUGCCUCUGACUAUGAACUCGAGGUUGCCUUAUCUAACAGUUUUGAGUACAAUGCAGCUGCAGACGUAGUGAAGGAAGUCCAAUUCGAGGAAGUAGAAGGUGGUGUUAAAACAAGAAUUGUUCAGAAAUGAGUUGCCCCGUUAGACGUGGAUGUCGUAAAGUGCGAUCACCCAAUCACGAUUUAUUAAAUUGUUUCAUGUAUUUUGUUUGUUAUUUUAUCAAAACGUUUCCUGCUUUCUGACUAGCAAGAAAUGCAGAAAUUGUGUGGUAUAUAUAUAUGGUAGAUAAACAUAAAAAUUCUUAUUAAUUGUUGUACUUAAAGUAAUUCGAUUGAUUAUUGAAUUUUCCCGUUGUGUUGUGUAUUGCACACAAUUUGACUCUUUUCAAA